ACAUACAGUCAUUUAGGAUAAUUUGUCAUAGUUAUACGUAGAAACUGGAAAUAAGGAGUGGCUCUUAUAAAAAUUACUAGGCAAUGGAGACUCAUAUAAUGGAAGAUUUGGAUCUUAAGAGGAUAAAAACAGAGUUAAAGUUUCAAAAAUUGAAAUAUCUUUGGACACUUGGCAAAGGAAGUUACGGUUUAGUGGUUGCCGUCGAAAGCGACUCUGAUAAGAAUAAAUAUGCCGUUAAAAUCAAUUCAUUUGCAAAUGAAAAAGCAAAAACGUUUGGUGAAAGGGAGCUUGCAACUCUGAUAAAUGUCAAGUCUGAGAAUGUAGUGAAAUUUUUCGAUAGUUGGACGAAUAGUAAUCACAGUUUCUUGUAUUUUAAAUUGGAGCUGUGUUACAAAGAUUUGAGGCGCUUUGUGUACGAAAAAAAUUUUGGAGGUGGUGCAACGAUUGUAAAGAAUCCUGAAUUAUAUCGUCAUUGUUUUCCACAAAUAUUGAAAGGCCUUCAAGCAUUGCACGAGAAGGACAUCGUUCAUCGCGAUCUUCACUUUGCUAAUAUCUUAAUAGCUUUUCCUCCGCCGAAAAGUGUGCCUGAAAUUAAAAUAAAAAUUACCGACUUUGGACUGGCUCGUUAUAUAAAUAAAAAUUCUGGAAAUACUACCUUGUCCAGGGAUAUUGGACAUAAACUUUUCCGAGCACCGGAAAUUGACUCUAAUAGUUCAUUUUUACAUUACGAUGAGAGAGUUGACAUGUACAGCGCUGGACUUUUACUGUAUUUUUUGUCAAGAUUUCUUCCAAAGCUAGACGAUUGGUUCGCAGAACUUGAUGAUAUACGGACAGCAAGAAAGUGUAUAGACAGGCAGGAUCUGGCUCAUACCGACGACAAUUUACUAUGGAAAACCAUAACAAACCUUCUUAAAAGAAAUCCGAAUGACCGCCCAUUUGCAAGAGAUACUUUAUGCGAUUGGAAUCAAGAUAUAAAUAAAAUUUAUGGAAAUCUGGUAUCCCCGAAAUUUACAACUAAAAAAACUCAGAACUUCAUGUCGAUCAUUUGUUAUCUUAAACAAGAAGACGAAACUUCGGAGAAACGAUGUGAAUUGAGUAAAAACGAUAAUUUUUCAAAUGUGAAGCAUAAAAUUAUGAGUAAAUUAUCUAUUUCUAGCCAAACGAAUGUCAUCUUGAAACAGGAAAUAACGAUUGAUGGUAAACAGAAAAAGCUAAUAACAAUAUCCGAUGACAAUGAUGUCGAAGUUAUGUUUCGAAGUGCAGGACAGUGUGACAGGCAGCGUCUUCAAUUCAUAGUAAAGGUUGUAUCUGGAAAUAGUACUGAUGAAGAGCCAAUGGACAUUAGCGAUACUUCUUAACUUCCACAAAGUUAAAAGACCAGGGACUGAAAGUACAGUACAAGAAACUCAAAGUACAGUAAAAGAAAGUAAUUUACAAGAAAGUACUGAAAGAGUGAAAACUGCCAAAGGUAUUUAAGGUAUUAAAGUGAAUAUAGCAUUUGCAUUUCAGUUUUGUCACAUGUAAAUAUGUUCAAGCAACACCCGUAAUAUAAACUCUUAUCAUGACAAACAGACAACUUUAGAAUAUAUAAACCUGACGCUGUCUUUGUAAUAAAGACUAAAUAUUACCUACUUUUUAUCUAAGAUCCUGUUUUUAUCUUGAAUAUCAAGAAAACAUCAUGUCAAUACUCUCAUUUAGCACGACAAAUUAUAUUCAUACUGCUUUAUACAGCACAUCGAUUUAAUAACAAAAUAGCUAGAGGAUUUUUUAGAUUUAGCCAUUGUUGCACAUUUAAACGAUUUUUUCUCUGAAAAUUUUUUCUUUAAUUAUUAAUUUUAAGAUUAAAAGGUCUUAACGAAGAUCGUUCUUCUUGACCAUAAAUUCA